AUGUAUUGUCAUGAUGGUGAUGUUGGUGAUGAUGAUGGUGAUGAUGAUGAUGGUGAUGAUGGUGAUGAUGAUGAUGAUGGUGGUAUGGUGGUGGUGAUGGUAGUGAUGUUGGUGAUGAUGAUGGUGAUGAUGAUGGUGAUAAUGGUGAUGAUGGUGGUGAUGAUGGUGGUGGUGGUGAUGGUAGUGAUGUUGGUGAUGAUGAUGGUGAUGAUGAUGAUGGUGAUGAUGGUGAUGAUGAUGAUGAUGGUGGUAUGGUGGUGGUGAUGGUAGUGAUGUUGGUGAUGAUGAUGGUGAUGAUGAUGGUGAUAAUGGUGAUGAUGGUGGUGAUGAUGGUGGUGGUGGUGAUGGUAGUGAUGUUGGUGAUGAUGAUGGUGAUGAUGAUGAUGGUGAUGAUGGUGAUGAUGAUGAUGAUGGUGGUAUGGUGGUGGUGAUGGUAGUGAUGUUGGUGAUGAUGAUGGUGAUGAUGAUGGUGAUAAUGGUGAUGAUGGUGGUGAUGAUGGUGGUGGUGGUGAUGGUAGUGAUGUUGGUGAUGAUGAUGGUGAUGAUGAUGAUGGUGAUGAUGGUGAUGAUGAUGAUGAUGGUGGUAUGGUGGUGGUGAUGGUAGUGAUGUUGGUGAUGAUGAUGGUGAUGAUGAUGGUGAUAAUGGUGAUGAUGGUGGUGAUGAUGGUGGUGGUGGUGAUGGUAGUGAUGUUGGUGAUGAUGAUGGUGGUGAUGAUGAUGGUGGUGAUGAUGAUCACAGGAUG